GGCGUCCCUAGGCCGCAUCGACCCGCGGGCCACGGAGAGGAAAUCCAUGCUCGACGCUUUCGCGUAGGUCCAGUUUGGCUGGCCGGAAGUGUCAUUAUAAUAUAGAAACCGCUGCUCUCAAUCCCGGAGGUUACCUGUUUCGAUCGAAUAUAAUAGAGACGGAAUCGCAAAGAUGGAUGGCUCCAUGAGCGCUGGCGGCCCCAUGGCCGAAGACAAUAUCAUCAACAGACGCGGUGGGGAGUCGAUGUAUCAAAGCUGUGUCAAUUUGAAAAAGCGAUUGGCGGAGGUGCCUGGAUUUGAGCGUCAUAUGGCGGAAAUGGAGGAAGAGGAUCGCGCCACGGGUUCAACCGAUCCAGUGGCUUCGCUAUGGAACUGUCUGCGUGAAGGAUACCCCUUGAUCACGAUCUUCAAUGCGUCACAACCUGAUGAACAACUGGAGAUUGAUCCAGCGAAAGUUCCGGAACAGAAACGUCCCAAGGCCGCAACCUUUAAGUUCCUGCAGGCAUGUCUUCAAGACAUGGCCUUUCCGCAGCAGGAUUGCUUCCUGAUCACGGAUCUGUACGGUGAUAACACGACAGGUUUCAUCAAGGUCAUCAAAAUGGUCAAUCGCGUUCUAGACAUUCUCGAGAUGCAAGGACAGCUGAAGAGGCUAUCUGUGAACUCGGGCAAUCAAAAUGCGAAGGGAGGGGCGGUCAAACUGACUAAGAGGGAGCAUAUCCUCAAAGAGCUCAUGGAGACCGAGCGUGAUUACGUCCAUCACCUUCAGAAUCUGCAGGCCCUCAAGAAGGAAUUGGAAGAGACAGGUGCAUUGACUGGGGACUCCAGCCAUCAGAUAUUCCUCAAUCUCAACAAUCUGCUCGAUUUUGCGCAGCGUUUCCUCAUUCGUAUGGAGCAACACUACGCAUUGCCUGAGGAAAUGCAGAAUUGGGGAGAGCUUUUCAUCCUUCACGAAGAGGCGUUGCGACAGUACGAGCCCUUUAUCGCAAACCAGUUGCGGUGUGAUGCAGUAUGUCUGAAGGAAUGGGACAAGAUCCACGCGGCCCCUCGCUCGAUUGAUCUUAAGCAGAUGGUCGCCCAGCCAGCAACCCUCAAUGGCUUCUUUGUCAAGCCGUUCCAGCGUCUGACGAAAUACCCUCUGAUGCUAUCGGAACUUCGCAAGCAGACAGAGGAUGAACAACUCAAGACGGAUAUCACAAAGGCGAUAGACACGAUUCAGUCAGUUCUCGAUUCGGCGAACGAUGCAAUCGACAAGGAACAUCUGGCUUCCGCCGUUACGGAUCUCUCGCAACGGGUAGAUGACUGGAAAGCCCUGAAAGUUGAGGGAUUCGGCGAAUUACUCCGCUUUGGCACUUUCGCUGUGCUCAAAGGCGAUAGCGGCAAGGAUACUGAGAGAGAGUAUCACAUCUAUCUUUUUGAAAGGAUCCUCCUUUGCUGCAAGGAUAUCAACCCCAACAAGCAAAAAUCAAAGCUUAUGGGGAAGGACAAGCCUGCGGCAUUGGUCAAGGGGAAACCCCGUCUUCAGCUGAAGGGCCGUAUCUACAUGGCUAAUGUGACGGAUAUUGUUCUUCUCCAGAAGCCAGGCUCCUACAGGAUUCAGAUUUUCUGGAAGGGCGACCCCGGGGUCGUAGAUAACUUCGUCAUCCGCUACCAGAACGAGGAUAUCAUGCGAAAAUGGUACUCUGAUAUUGACCGCCAGCGAUCCAUCCAGGCGGAGGAACGCAAUGCUAGAAGCGUGUCAACCUCGGAUUCGGAAUUUACCUACAUGAAGAGUCUCAAUAUUCAGAAUCCCUACCAGCAGGAGUAUGAGGCUGAAGAAUCCUCUCUUGUGAAGGAGGCUGGGUUCUUCUCGGAAUUCCCCAUGAGUCGUAACGCGUCCAGCACGAGUCUUCGUACCCGAUCCGCUACCAACGGCAGCGGCGGGUCAGGUCCGCUCUCUGCAGGGCGUCCUCCGCGUUUCCCGAUGCCUGAUCCCAGUCUGUCAUUACAUACCCAGUUUACUCCUGGAGGAAUGUCCUUGUCCCCAGGUGAGCGAAACGUCACCUCAUAUUUCUCGCCCGUUACGGAAACACCAUCGACAUCUACACGGUCCAGCUCUCAAUCGGUGUUUCCGUAUUCACGGCAAGGCACUCCCAACACCACUUGGAGCGAGGACAACAAUCGGUACACUGCACCUGCGAUGGCCAGAGGAGCAUCGAAGGACGGUACUAACGUAAACCCUUACUUCAACGCGGCCACAAAUGGGCGCGCUGUCCAACGUCCUUCUCUACCCCCGAUGUCUGCACAAGAUCAGGCCAACGGUCUACCGAGGAUGAGGUCUGCCAGCAGCCCAGACAUCCACCACCAUCUGCCUGAGUCACGUCGAUUCAUGGGUGGUCACACUGUCGACAAUGUGCCCGUCCCGCCCAUCCCGGCCCACAUGGCAAGCAUGAGAGCACCUGUCAAUCGGAGCCAGAACAACUCCCCCACCAACGGAUCUCUUCCUGUCCGGGGUACAGCGCAAACACCAAACGGACAGCACCCUGCACAACGGGGUGUCCAUCACACUCAUUUCAAUGAGCCUCAAUAUUCCGGUCGCUCCGCAACACUGACGCCGACGCAAUCCUCUCCCACCGAUCCACUUCCCUCUCCUUUAAGUCAGGAAGUGCCCCCGGACCAGGCCACCCCGCAGGAUCCGUAUAUGCCUACACAGCUUAAAGCCAAGGUCAACUUUGACGAUAACUAUGUCACCUUGGUCAUCGCCAGCAAUAUCAUGUUCCGUUCGUUGACCGACCGGGUGGACGCCAAACUCGCCCGAUUUACGAACCGAUCCAUUGGCAGCAAAUCAGUAAGACUGCGGUACAAGGACGAGGACGGCGAUUUUGUCACCAUUGACAGUGAUGAAGCGGUUCAACUCGCGUUGAUGGAAUGGCGCGAGCAACACCAGAACAUGCUCGCCCAAGGCCAGGUGGGAGAGAUCCAGCUGUUCUGUCAGGCAGUGGAGAAUUAAAGCUCCACGGAUUUGGAUAAACCGAUAUAGGAUCCUGGCUGAAAAGCCAGGAUGGUGAAGAAAGAAGUCGCGAAGUUGAUGAUAUCCCCUGUUUGGUGUUGUGGUUUUCUAGGUUCCCAUUGGCAUUUCUCCGGCAGUUCCGGGCGUUUCGAGGUUCUUAUAACAUCCCGUGGCUGUCCAACAGGAUUGGCUCG